AUGGAAGGCUCAACAUGCACUUCCGACAGUGAUAUUGCAAAUACUUCACGAGAAUCAGAAAAUGUGAUUGAAAUGCGUAACGUAACAACACCAGGCUCGGGUAGCAACAGUUCAUCAUUUGUAAACGAAACUCCAAGUCCGUUGGGACAUCUUGACCCUCAUAGAUUGAGGGACAUGGUGAUCGAUAAGCAAGCAGCAUGCCAGACACAGAUCGAAUCUCCCUAUAAGCAACCUUAUUGGACGCCUUCGCCUGCUGAUCCUUCUCACUCACCAUCGUCAAACAUUCGUUCAGCACCUGCUAAUUCAAGUUCUCCAGUAACCCCAAUUAUGCAACCACCUAGAUUACCAGUUUCUUCAGGUGCAAUGCGAGAUUCUGCUUUAUUAUCUCCGAGUGCUACACGAACCUCCGUGCAACAGCAGCCAGUGGGAAUGUGUUUACCAGUGCGUAGCCCAAUGGGAAGUCCAAACGGUAUGCAUCCAUCGCCCGCGCCAUUUAUGAGUCGUCCGUCCUCAAAUGCUUCCCCUUCUCUGUAUAUGCAACCCUCACAAACUCCUGUUCACUAUCAAGCAAACUUGCAAAGUCCAGCAGGUAUGGUACCAUCGAGUCAUGUUCCACCUUCAUCUCCUUGUGCUCCAUAUCUUUCAAGAAUCCCAACAGUCGGUCCACAGCAACAACAAUAUUCAUGCCAUGCACAAAUGCAACAGCCUCAGUGGACAGGUCAACAGGCUCAACAGCAUUUUGGUUCUGGGGCAAUGCACCGUAUUAUGGUACAACGAGUUCCUUACUCAGGAUACCCACCGAAUAUGUCACAAAUGCAGUCACAAAAUAAUCAGCAUCCUUCAUCUUCCAAUAUUUUUCCAGCUGGUGCUUCGGGAGCACCAGUUACGCCAGCAUCACGAGGAACCAUGUAUCCAGCACCGUCGAUAGUCGCUUCUCAACAAUCUUCUGGAUCACAAUCUGCUCAGUACCCAACACAAUCUUGCUAUCAGUCUAAAGCGCAGCAACAACCAAAAUAUCCUAUUCAAUCUUCAAUCUACCGUCAACAGCAACCACAGUCGGCGUCGGUGAGAACCUACCUUGGCAACCAACCACCAUCGCUGUCUGCCUCGCCUACUUAUCAGUUGUAUCCAGCUCCAAAUUCAACGCCAGCUAAUCAGCAAUCAAAUUUGCAGCCUCAGCAGUAUUCACCCGUUGCAAGAUAUUCAGCACAAGGAGCAGUACAAAGCCAAGCACCUGGUGCUCCGAUAAAUUCAUGUUAUCAGACGCCAUCUGGUCACGAUAUGCGUUCACCCCAGCUGAUGUCUCCAACUCAAGCCUCAGUUCCUGGUGCUGUCUUGCAAGCUGCUGGCACUGGCUUGACACCUCCCGUUAACACCGCACUGCAACGGAAUAUUUCAAACAUGGAUAUGCAACCAAGUAGUAGUCCUGCUGUGAGUUCUCAUAUCCGUAUGGUGCAGCAAACGACACCUUUCUACGGACACGAUCCAAAUGUUGCUGGAAGUGUGCAGUCAGACAUGUGCCUUGUCGGUUGUUUCUUCGUGGUCAUUGAGCAUGAAAAAGUGUUGGUGGAUCGUUUAGAUGUGCAGGAAAUAGGUGCCGUUGUUAGAUUACAUGGUGGUGAAAUCGAAUUUGGUGUACGGGCUUACAAUAAUGUGAACAGCGAUCGAGUGACCCACGUUAUCUGCGAAUCUAUGCGACAUCCAUUAGUUCAACAGGCACUGAAGAGGGGUAAGCGAUGUGUGACACUGCAGUGGUUAAAUGAUGUUCUCAGCAAGAAGCAUCUUGAAGCACCCUGGCGUGUUUUUCAUCUGCCAACAUUUUGGACCGAUAAUCACAGACCAGCUACUGGCAAAAUAAUAACAAUAAACGGCUUCAAUGAAAAUGAACGGUGUGGUGUACGAAUGAUGAUUACUGCCAUAGGAGCCCGAUAUACUCCCCAUCUUACUAGUCAUAACCAUUUUUUAGUCACGAAAACAUCUGAAGGCGAAAAAAUAGAACGAUGCCACGAAAUGGGCAUUUCAGUUGUAACAUAUCAAUGGCUGGUUGACAUUUAUUUGGGUAUCAAGAAUGCAGUGAAUGAAAAUGAAAAUUGCAGUCCCAUUCCGGGGAUGGUCUCGGACACGAAUGCUACUCCUUAUAAUAUGGAACAUUAUUCAGAAGCAUGCAAACAGUUCCUAUUUCCAUGGAAAAUACCAAUUGUAUUUGCAAAUGAGCAAUGGCAACGAGCGUUAGAAGUUAAAAGAAAUGUGGAAAAUGAUAAAAAUAUUUUUCCAAAUAAACGAUUUCGCAUGACAACUCCACCACCAACCGACGAAGAAAUUGAAACAAGAAGGUCUGAAAUGGGUACCCUCAAAGAAGUUCCGGUGGUAUGCUUCAGCGGUUUCACUCCCGAAGAAAAGGAUGCAUUAGGAAGAAAAGUACGUUUUCUUGGUGGUGCGACUACUGAAAAAGUGCAAGAAUGCACACAUUUAGUGGUACUUAAUUUGUGGCGUACACUUAAGCUUCUGGAAGCAAUAGCAUUGGGAAAAAAUAUUGUUGGGCCAAACUGGGUUAGUGAUGGCUACCGAUGUCGCGUUAUCCCAGAUUCACUGGAUUACUUUGCUCGAGAUGAUGAAAAUGAGAAAAUAUUUGGUUACAAUCUGAAAUACAGUGUUUUGAAAGCACGCUAUCGAAAGCUUUUCCAGGAUGUAACAUUUUACUUGACUCCGAGUGUUGAGCCAUCCUACGAGGAAUUAUUGGCUUUGAUUGAACUUGCUGGGGGUACCGUGUUAAGGGAAAGACCUCAACCACAAUAUGUUAUACACUGCAUUGAGACCGAGUCAUUGCUGUUACUGAUUGGUAAUGACAGUGAUGUACAUCUUUUGCAGUAUUUAACGGAUUGUGGAAUGCCCGUGCACAAUGUAGAAGUAAUUUUAACGGGUAUUUUGCGCCAGAAACUGGAAAAUUCGCCUCUUUACCGUGUAGCACCAAUUCGGCCACCUUUGCAACCAGCACAAACGCAAUCUAUGCCAACCAAGAAUGCUCAACAGAGUAUUUCUCAGCGAGUCACUGCAUGA